AUGGAUGGUAAUGAUGAAGCUAAUGAACCUGCAAACAACUCCGUCGAUGGUAACGGCUCCACUGACGGCCCAGGGAAAGCUUUUGAGAUAUUCAAAAAAAAUGAAGAGUUGCUUGACAAGUUGAAGUUAUUAAACUAUGAAAACGGUUUUCUGAGCGCAAACUUCCGGCCAAUCCAGAGACAUUACUUCACAUCAUCUACGAAUGUUGGUGAACAGUUUUACUUGUUUACUAGUUUAGCUGGGUGGCUGAUACGGAAAGCUGGUAACGAGAGUUUUGAAAUGCCUCAAGAGUUCGAUGAUCCAAACUCUACUAUUUCUAAUAUAUUAGCAGAAUUACGAUCGAAGGUUAGUAGUACAUGA